GGCGCGCGGGGGUCCUCCGGGGUUGCAUCCUUACUAGACCCGGGCUGACCCCGGCGGGCCUGACCUGCCCGGCGCAGAGCCGGGCGCGGGAGCGGUGGCCGCGAUCGCUGUCACUGCUGGAGUAAGAGCGCAGCAGUAGCCUCCACCUGUCUCGGCUUUGAGCUAGAGUCGCUCCUCCGGGGCUACGUCCUGGGGAAGAGAAGGCGAGGGUUUUGCUCGGAUGGGGCGGUAACCUCCUCUCUAACAGCAGAUGCGCGCGCCAGUGUGUGAAUGUGGGUGUGUGUGAGGCCGGGAGAUGACGACGACGAAGAGCAGGUGGGACGGCGGUGAAGCUCCGAGCCAGCUGCAUCGACUGGGGCGAGCUUCAGUGUCGCCAGCAGCGACCCCAGUUCUUGAGGCCAGAUCUGGCUCCUAAGAAACACCAAAGGCAGCCCCGCCCCAAAGGCCUCUCAGGGCAGUCUCAGAAGCCUGCCUCCCCGCACUGUGUGAGGCAGAAUGGCGGCCCCCACAGGUGCACUUUCUUCAUUGCUGCUGCUGGUGACCAUUGCAGGGUGUGCCUGUACGCAGUGCAGUGAAGGAAGGACAUAUUCCAAUGCAAUCAUUUUACCGAACUUGGAAACUACCAGAAUCAUGCGGGUGCCUCAACCCACCCCGGUGGUAGACUGCACAGCCGCUUGUUGUGACCUGUCCAGCUGUGACCUGGCUUGGUGGUUUGAAGGCCGCUGCUACCUGGUGAGCUGCCCACACAAAGAGAACUGUGAGCCCAAGAAGAUGGACUCCAUGAGGUCUUAUCUCACCUUUGUGCUCAGGCCUGCCCAGAGGCCCACACAGCUGCUGGACUUUGGGGAGAUGAUGCUCAACAGGGGUGCCCCGUCGGGAAUCUGGGGGGACUCACUUGAGGAUAUCAGAAAGGACUUGCCUUUUCUAGGCAAAGACGGGGGCCUAGAGGAGACGUCUGAGUACUCGGAUGACUAUCGGGAGCUGGAGCAGGACCUCUUCCAGCCCCUCAGCAAGCAGGAGCCCAGAGGGAGUGCCGAGUACACUGACUGGGGCUUGCUGCCAGGUCGCGAGGGACCCGAGGGACGUUUCAACUCCUCUGCUGGAGACAGUCCAGCAGCGUCAGUGGAGAAGCAGCAAGAGGUCCCUGAGCUCCAUUCCCUGGACCCGGAGCUCCAUAAGCUGAAUGAGUCAGCGUGGACCCCAGCCCCAAAACACUCUCCUGAGAGAAGGGUGUUGCUUCCUUUGGUGACUACUCCAUCUUCAGGAGAAGUAUUGGAGAAAGAGACUUUUCAGCUCCGGGAACAAUCCAACAACAGCUCUGGAAAAGAGGUUCUAAUGCCUUCCCGUAAUCCUCCUCCAGCCAGCCUGGAGUUCAGCCCAGCCACCAUGGAGAAAAGCCCAGUUCUCACUGUCAUCCCACAGAGCACAGAGCAUAGCAUCCCAACCCUUCCUACUAGCAUCAUCGGCGCUGAGUCCACCACACCUGAGCAACCAGUAUCUGCUACCACUGCUCCCAGGACAGUGAAAGAGCUCAUGGUGUCUGCUGGUGAUAACCUUGUGAUAACUUUACCGAAAACUGAAGUUGAACUGAAGGCUUUUGUUGUGCCAGCGCCCCCUGCAGAAACAACCUAUAACUAUGAAUGGAGUUUAAUAAGCCACCCUGUAGACUACCAAGAUGAAAUAAAACAAAGACACACUCAAACUCUUAAUCUCUCUCAAUUGUCAGUAGGAUUUUAUGCCUUCAAAGUAGCGGUUUCUAGUGACAAUGCCUUUGGAGAAGGAUUUGUAAAUGUCACUGUUGAGCCAGCCAGAAGAGUCAACCUGCCGCCCGUAGCAGUCAUUUCUCCCCAGAUACAAGAGCUCACUCUGCCUUUGACGUCAGCCCUCAUUGAUGGCAGCCAAAGUACAGAUGAUACUAACAUAGUGAGUUAUCACUGGGAAGAAAUUAACGGGCCCUUAGGAGAAGAGAAGACCUCCGCUGAUUCUCCCGUCUUACAUUUGUCUAACCUUGUUCCUGGAAACUAUACUUUCAGGUUGACUGUUACAGACUCAGAUGGAGCCACUAACUCCACAACUGCAGCCCUAAUAGUCAAUAAUCCUGUGGACCAUCCGCCAGUUGCCAAUGCGGGACCAAAUCAGACCAUAACUUUGCCCCAAAACUCCAUCACUUUGAAUGGAAACCAGAGCAGUGAUGAUCACCAUAUUGUCCUUUAUGAGUGGUCCCUGGGUCCUGGGAGUGAGAGCAAAGAGGUGGCCAUGCAGGCAAUAGAGACCCCAUACCUUCAUUUGUCUGCAAUGAAGGAAGGAGAUUAUACAUUUCAGCUGAUGGUGACAGAUUCUUCAAGGCAACAGUCCACUGCUAUGGUCACUGUGAUUGUCCAGCCGGAAGACAACAGGCCUCCGAUAGCUGUGGCCGGCCCCGAUAAGGAGCUUGUCUACCCAGUGGAGAGCACCACCCUGGAUGGGAGCCGGAGCAGUGAUGACCAUGGCGUUGUUUUCUACCACUGGGAGCAUGUCAGAGGCCCCAGUGCAGUGGAGAUGGAAAAUACCGACAAAGCUGUAGCCACUGUAACCGGUCUUCAGGUGGGUACCUACCACUUCCGUUUAACAGUGAAAGACCAGCAGGGACUGGGCAGCACGACCACCCUCACUGUGGCCGUGAAGAAGGAAAAUAAUAGUCCUCCCAGAGCCCAGGCUGGUGGCAGACAUGUUCUUGUGCUUCCCAAUAACUCCAUUACUUUGGAUGGUUCAAGGUCUACUGAUGACCAAGGAAUUGUGUCCUAUCUGUGGAUCCGGGAUGGCCAGAGUCCAGCAGCUGGAGAUGUCAUCGACGGCUCUGACCGCAGUGUAGCCCUGCAGCUGACCAAUCUGGUGGAGGGAGUCUACACUUUCCACUUGCGAGUUGCUGACAGUCAGGGGGCCUCAGACACGGACACUGCCACUGUGGAAGUGCGGCCAGACCCCAGGAAGAGUGGCCUGGUGGAGCUCAUCCUGCAGGUUGGCAUUGCGCAGCUGACGGAGCAGCAGAAGGACACCGUUGUGAGGCAGCUGGCAGUGCUGCUGAACGUGCUGGACUCAGACAUUAAGGUUCAGAAGAUUCAGGCCCACUCGGACCUCAGCACCGUGAUUGUGUUUUAUGUGCAAAGUGGGCCACCUUUCAAGGUCCUCAAAGCUGCUGAAGUAGCGCGAAAUCUGCACAGGCGGCUCUCAAAGGAGAAGACCGAUUUCUUGCUUUUCAAAGUCUUGAGGAUAGACACAGCAGGUUGCCUUCUGAAUUGUUCUGGCCACGGUCACUGUGACCCCAUCACAAAGCGCUGCAUCUGCUCUCAGUUGUGGAUGGAGAACCUGAUACAGCGCUACAUCCAGGAUGGCGAGAGCAACUGCGAGUGGAGUAUAUUCUAUGUGACAGUGCUGGCUCUCACUCUCGUCAUGCUCACAGGGGGCUUAACUUGGCUUUGCAUCUGCUGCUGCAAGAGACGAAAAAGGACUAAAAUAAGGAAAAAAACAAAGUACACCAUCCUGGAUAAUAUGGAUGACCAGGAAAGAAUGGAGCUGAGGCCCAAAUAUGAGGUCAGUAGAGUACAAUGAAGAAGGGAGCCAUCAUUUGUUAAGGGCUUUAUGUACAUAAUACACGCAUCUUACAUACUCAAUUGAUCCUUACAAUCAUCCUUGAAAAGGAGAUGUUAUUGUUCUCUUGUUGCAGAUAAUGAUCUAAAGGCCCAGAGAGGUUAAGGAACUUGCCCAAGGUCACAGCCAAAAAGUGGUGGAUCUGGGAAUUGAAUGCAAAUUUUUAAGCUGCCAAGUUCAUGCUUUCCACCCACCUCCCUCCACUACACAAAGAACUCCGGCUUCAACUGUUGGAGGGCAAAUUCUGGUGGACCUUUUGGACCAUCUGCUCCUAGGACUAAGAGGAAUUGCUUUUGAUGUGUGAAGAGAACAAAAGACAAAGGGAGAGAAGCUUCCUUGUCUCUUCUGUGGGAUCAGCCCUGGGCCACCCCUCCUGGUUUGCAAAGUGCUCCUUCUGCCAUUCCUUUCUGCCCCUGGCCUUCCCAGACUGGCCUGUCUAACCCUUCCACACAAAAGGAUCUUGAUGCUACAGUGAAUCAAAAAUAAACACAAUAGUGAUCAGAAAGUGGGUCCUCUCUCGUUAUCCCACUUACUUAUCAGAGGAGCAGAGCACGAGACAGAAUGACAGACAGCAUUCUUUGUCUGGUGUGCUUAUUAUUAAGAGCCUUUGGAAGGUAAAUCUCGUCAAGAGCUUUGGAUAGACAGAAAAGCAGGGCCCUAGAAUGUGGGAGAGGGCAUUUGUAGGGCUUACAGGCUAACAAGACUCUUAGUUGCUGGUUAAAAAUCAAUGGAGGAUUCAAACUCACAUUAAGAGGCCAAGCAUGUUUAUGACUAAAGAAUAUGCUGGAGGUAAGAAAACAUCCACGCAGCAUGUCAAUGAUGCCUCCUUUUUGGGCAGGGAGGAGGGGGCAGCACCAUUCUUUUUGUGUGUGACCAAGCUAUCAUGGACUUUGACUUAAAGCUUGGCUUUAUUUUUUUAAAUGUAUUAUUUUUCCCCAUGUAUCAUUUCUAAUAUGACACUAUUAAACGUAUGUGCUAAUCUA